AGGCAAAUGGCAUCUGCUGAACCUGUCAGACAGCCGCUGCCCCGUGGAGCCGGAGGUCCCUGGUCCUGUGCGUUACCCUGCUGCUGAACUGGACGGUGUGAAUGACAGAGGUGGUACCCUCCAGCGCCCUCAGUGAGGUCAGUCUGCGCCUCCUGUGCCACGAUGACAUAGACACUGUGAAGCAGCUGUGUGGCGACUGGUUCCCCAUUGAGUACCCAGACUCAUGGUAUCGUGACAUCACAUCCAACAAGAAGUUCUUCUCCCUUGCCGCAACCUACAGAGGCGCCAUUGUGGGAAUGAUAGUAGCAGAAAUAAAGAAUAGGACCAAAAUACAUAAAGAGGAUGGAGAUAUUCUAGCCUCCAGCUUCUCUGUGGACACACAAGUUGCAUACAUUUUAAGUCUUGGAGUGGUGAAAGAAUUCAGAAAACACGGCAUAGGUUCCCUUUUACUAGAAAGUUUAAAGGAUCAUAUUUCAACCACCGCCCAGGACCACUGCAAAGCCAUCUACCUGCAUGUUCUCACCACCAACAAUACAGCAAUAAACUUCUAUGAAAACAGAGACUUUAGGCAGCAUCACUAUCUGCCCUAUUACUACUCCAUUCGAGGGGUCCUCAAAGAUGGCUUCACCUAUGUCCUCUACAUCAAUGGCGGUCACCCUCCCUGGACCAUCUUAGACUACAUCCAGCACCUGGGCUCCGCACUGGCCAACCUGAGCCCCUGCUCCAUCCCACACAGGAUCUACCGCCAGGCCCACAGCCUGCUCUGCAGCUUUCUGCCAUGGUCCAGCAUCUCCACCAAAGGUGGCAUUGAGUACAGCCGUACCAUGUAAUGCCAUUGGGUCAGCUUCCACCAGUCCCCUGUCCUCAGCACUCUGUGGAGCCUGUUUUCCUGUCUGACUGACUUCUGCUAUCCUUUGUGAGGAGCGGGUGGCCACCUGCCAGCCCAUCAGCCUGCCCCAAUUGCAGGCCCGGUGCUAUGCUGGCUCAGGAGCAGAGUGUAUGAGCAGUAUGCCUAGUCGGUCAUCAACAGGCUCUCCUUCCUGCUUCUGGAAACCGCUCCCACCUGGAACCCUUGUCCUGCUUUUAUGCACUGGCACCACCCAAUGG